AUGAAUGGAGUAGUUGCUGCUCUGGAAGAAAUGCCACCGGUAACUCGGUUCUACACAGGAGCCUGCGUGCUAUUGACAACCGCUGUGCAUUUGGAAUUCGUGACACCAUUCCAUUUAUACUUCAACUGGGAGUUGAUUAUCCGAAAAUAUCAAUUCUGGCGCCUGAUCACAUCAUUCUGCUUUUUCGGAUCUUUUGGAUUUUCUUUUCUUUUCAAUAUGAUCUUCACAUAUCGAUAUUGUAUGAUGCUGGAAGAAGGAUCGUUCCGUGGAAGAAGAGCUGAUUUUGUAUACAUGUUCCUUUUUGGAGCCGUUCUAAUGAUUCUAUCCGGAAUCUUUGUACAAAUUCUAUUUCUUGGACAAGCAUUCACUAUUAUGUUGGUCUACAUAUGGAGCCGUCGUAACCCAAUGAUUCAAAUGAACUUCUUUGGUGUUUUAACAUUCACAGCUCCGUAUCUUCCAUGGGUUCUUCUUCUUUUCUCACUUUUACUCGGAAAUAAUGCUGUCGUUGAUUUUAUGGGAAUUGCAUGUGGACAUAUAUAUUUCUUCUUGGAAGAUGUUUUCCCAUUCCAAGAGCACGGAAAACGAUUCCUGAAAACUCCACAGUGGCUUGUAUAUUUGUUUGAUGAACGCCGACCGGAACCUCUGCCUGAAGAUGAAAGACCCGGUGGAUUUGAAUGGGGUGAUGAGCAACCGGAACAAGAACAACAUGAUUAAUUAUACAAUGUUUUAGUAUUUUUGAAGUUAGACAUCUAUUUCGCGACUGAACGUAUAAUUUUCUCAUAUUACCUAAUUAUUAUUUUCUCUGCUCUUAAUUUUUGAAUUCACUCGUGGGUCUCUAUCGGUUGUCCUUCCAUCAUUCUACGUUUUCUGUGAAUAUUCUCUCGCAAUUCUAUGUUCCAAAGAUAUUUCUUGCCUUUCAAAGUGCACAGUUUGAUUCCCUAUUUUAUGUAAGUUAUUUUCUCAUAAGCGGGAUGGUGUAAGUUCUCGUUUAGUAAAUGCUCAUUAACU